CAGCUUUUCCAUCCUCUGUGCUGUUAUUAGAAAGUAACCAUGAAAGAAGAAAUUGCCGCCACUGUUGUGUUCCUGACAAUGCUGGUGAAAAAGCACAAGCAGCUGAGCAAGCAGAAAAUUGAAAAAUUUGCAGCUAAAUUAACAACUUUAUUAUUUGCAAAAUAUAAGACUCAUUGGUAUGCAGAGAACCCAACAAAAGGACAAGCAUUCCGCUGUAUAAGGAUUAACGAAUGCCAAGCUUUAGAUGCAGUCUUGGAGAAAGCAUGCACAGAAAGUAAUGUGGACUUCAAUGAACUUGGCCUGCCGAAGGAGAUGACUAUAUGGGUUGAUCCAUUUGAAGUAUGUUGCAGGUAUGGAGAAAAAAAUGAUCCAUUUACAAUUGCAAGCUUUAAAGGCAAAGAUGGCUACAAUGCUCCUAAACGAAUUAGCAAUGCAGUUGAGAAGGCCACAUCUGAUUAUCAUUCUGGCACCUCUUCUGAUGAGGAACCAACCAACAAAGAGCCAAAGACCAUUCCUAAAGUUAGCAAUCCCAACAGUAUUUACCAGUGUGCAGACUACACUCAAGCCAUUCCAUCUUGGUCCCAGUAUCCUCGCAGAAAGAACUAUCAGAAUGAUGGAUAUCCACACCAGCCUAUGCCCUAUUAUCCUCAGCAAAAACCUUACAAAGCCUUCAGGCGGUCUGCUUCUACUUUUUCAGGCCCUCGUGUUGAUAGAUACCAUUGGGUGAAUAUGAAACGCUGAUGGCCAUAUCACAGCACUUAAUGUAUGUCUCUUGUUUUAACUCAUGAAAUAUUGUUUUUAUGAUAAGCUUUUAAUAAUUUUAUCUGUUUGUCAUGCUCCAAUCUAUCCAAUGGCUAUUUUAAAAAAUGAAUAAAUUAACUAACUUGUUUUAUUAA